GCAAGCAGCUACCAUAGCAACAUAUACAUUGAAGGGGAGAGGUUCAAGAAUUAUCAAAACAGGGAAGAAGAGAUCAAUAAAGUGAGUAAUUCCACUGAAAUUGGUCAAGUUUAAUUAUUUAUAGAGAAAUGCAAGGAAAAGAAAUAGAAGUUGCAUAUAUGGGUGAAGAGAGUGAGGAGUAUUUACAAACAGUUUGUGUUCUUGAUGCAUCCACCUUUGUGGGCUACUGGAUCUUGAAGAAACUCCUCCUUAAAGGCUAUACUGUUCAUGCUGCUGUCCAGGAUACUGGAGAGAAAGAAAUUAUAAACAAAGUCAAGGAUUUGCAGAAAACAGUGAAGGAGAAACUGGUGAUAUAUAGUGUGGAUGUGUUGAGUUACAGAAGCAUUGUUGAAGCCCUUAGAGGCUGUUCUGGUCUUUUUUGUUCCCUUGACAAUCCAGAUUGCUAUGAUGAAAUGGUUGCAGAUUUAGAGGUUAAGGGCAUAAUCAAUGUGAUGGAGGCAUGUGCACAAAGUGACAGCAUACACAAAGUUGUGUUGACCUCAUCUUUAACAGCAGCCAUUUGGACAGCCAACAUCUCUUCUCUCAAGGGUGUGGAUGAAACCUCAUGGAGCAACACAGAUUUUUGCAUAAAAAAUAAGCUAUGGUAUGCCCUUGCAAAGACAAAGAGUGAGCAGGCAGCAUUGGCACUGGCUAUGGACAGAAUGGUGAACAUGGUGUCCAUAACUGCGGGCCUAGUGAAUGGGCCCGGUGUCGCUCAGCUGAGCUCUGCCCCUACGCUGUCGUAUCUCGAAGGCGCGGCGGAGAUGUAUCAAAAUGGAGUGUUGGCUGUGGUUCAUGUUGAGUUUCUUGCAGACGUUCAUAUUCGGGCUUUCGAGGAUCAGUCCACUUGCGGGAGAUACUUUUGCUUCAACACAACCGUAACUUGUGAGGAAGAUGCUGUUAGACUUGCACAAAGUUUGACUCCUUUGAUUCCCUUACCCCCUGCAAGGUAUUCAAUUCCCCUUAUUCUUCAAUACUCCAUUCCAAAAUGUAUUUCAUGUUCAUAGAUGUUGUUGAUCUCUUUGCAUUACCAUUAAUAAUUAAUACACUAAAAUGAUAAGAAAUAAUUUGACUUCCAAAAACAGAAAUACUAUGUUUUUUAAGAAUUAAUGUCAUCCUGAAACGAGACAUUAAUAUCGCUGUGCGAUGACAUUCAUAAUGCUGUAUUAAUGUUUGAUCGUUUCAGGAUAACAACACCCCGCUCCUAUUUUCGGGAAAAACAUACAAGUAGUUAGGCCUUAGUUGUAAACUUGUAAAGAUAGUACAUUUUAGGAGGUACAAUUUGAUGUUAAUUGUAGGUCUUAGUUAUAAUUUGAUGUUAAUUGUAGGUACAAAUGCCAAUCAAGUGAGGUUUAUGGAGAGAGAUUAAUGACCAAGAGGUUGAACAAGCUGGUAGAAGGAGUAACAGCUAUUGCAUGUUAGGAGGAUUCAGUUCCUUCACAUGCUAAUGAAAUUUAGAGUCCAUUCCAUUGGAUUAUUACGCGUGUAUAUGUUUAUCUCAUGAUGAUUAGAGAGCGUAAAUGGAGGAGGCUUGUCAUUAAUAAUUUAUUCUGUUUUUUAUUGUUAAGGAAAUUAAUAAUUUGUGUUUGGUAAUACUCCCUCCGUCCCCCUAAUAUUGGUACGGAAGGGAGUGUUUUGAUUUUUAAGAAAAGUAAAAUUAUGUGGUUGUAAUGAGUUGAUAAAGUGGCAAUAAAAUAAGAAUGAAUUAGAGCCA